AUGCGGCUGAGGCUCUGGCUUCUCAUCGCCAAUAUUUUCGGCAUUUUUCAAACUUUUCAAGUCUACGGUCUCGCUGAAGGUUUCAUUCAAUCUUUUUUCUUAUCAAUCGGAAAUUGAAGGUGAUUUAUACGAUAAAAUCCUGGCCGACUACGAACCGCUGGAAAGACCAGUGGCCAACAGUUCCGAGCCAGUUUUAGUUCGUAUGGGCGUCGUUCUACAGCAAAUUGUUGAUGUCGUGAGUUUUUUUUUGUUUUGAAACAGUUCUUUCACAUCUACCUAGAUCUAGCUUGGAAAUUUAAUUUUUUUUUUUCCGGACCUUAGUAACGCGAAUCGGACGCGUCCAGGAGUUUCAAGUGGCCAUUUUAGUAGCGACAUAACUCUUAAGAGCUCUCUAGAAUUUUUUAGAAACGUCCAAAGCGCGUCCGGUUUUUGUUACGAAGGUCCGAGAUUAUUUUUCGUGUUGGUAUAUAAAUUUCCAUAAUCCGUAAUGCGUCAGACGCGCUCCACUGAAACAUUGAAAAAAUAACCGUUUUUUAAUCUUCUUAUAAUUUUUUGUUUAAUAUUCAAAUCAUCUUUCUCUGACCAGGGAACGUUUUUUACCCCCCGGUUGAACUUUUGCUGAAACUUUGCUGAAGUGUACUUUAGGACCCCCUGAUUGCAGAUCAAAAAGAAAAUUUCUCGCAAUAGAUCUUGUUUCCGAGUUAUGGAGCUUCAAAGUGUGCAAAAUACGCAAAUUAGGCCAAAAAAGAGCUAUUUCGGGCUUUUGAAGUGUCCUAACUCGAAAACGAGAUCUAUUGCGAGAAAUUUUCUUCCUGUUCUGGAAUCAGGGGGUCCUAAAGUACACUUCCACUAAGAAUAACUGACGAGAUAAACGCGAGCUCGGUGGCGGUACAUUGACUAACUCGCAAAAAUGUCGCUUUUUUCUAGGCGCGAUCCCGCAUUUCUCUCGGCGCGACCUCGCAUUUUUCUCGGCGCCAUCUCGCAUUUAUCUUGCAUUUCGGAAAUUUUCAAAUAGCGAAAGAAAUGCGAGCUCGCGCCUAGAAAAGUGCGAGCUGGCGCCCAGAAAAAUGCGAGAUGUUUGCGAGCUCGUCAAUGUACCGCCAGUGUCUCGCGUUUAUCUCGGCAGUUAUUCUUAGUGUUCGGCAAAGUUUCAGCAAAAGUUCAACCGGGGGGUAAAAAACGUUCCCUAGUGAGAUGAAUUUUUUAGGAUGAAAAAAACCAAGUGGUUGAUGUAAACGCUUGGUUGAAGUUUUCCUGGAUUGACUAUUCUCUCAAUUGGGACCCUGAAGAAUAUGGCGGCGUUUCUGAUCUUCGCUUCAGGUUUCGCAAAAUUCUUUUUUCUUAAAAACGGAAAAUUAUGUUCAGAAAAGGCCAAUUAUGGUCGCCGGACGUUCUGAUGUACAAUAGUGCCGAUCCGCAGUUUGACAGUAGUUAUCCGUCCCAUUUAUUGGUUUAUCCGAAUGGAUUAGUUAAUUGGAUUCCACCAGGUUAAUUUUUUGAAAAAUUUGAUUUUUUCCAAUUCUUUAUUUAUAUUUAAUGAUGAAAAAGGUUCAAAAAGAGUUUAGAUAGGCCUCUAGUUUUUUUUUCCAAAGGAGAGUUUGUGAAAUUUAGCCUCCAGUAUUUGUACAGUUUCUCCGACUUGAAGCGCCUGGAGGCGCGCCCGAAUGUUUUUCUGCCGCAUGUUAUUUUGUCGUUUUCUCGCAGUCAGAGAGGGAAGAAAUAGCCUCCGGCAGAGAAAAACUCGGGCGCGCCUUUAGGCGCUCCAGUUCAGAGUUGCCUCACGUGGAUUGACAAGAGAUUUAUCACUGUGGAUCGCUUUUUCACACCCCUUUGAUUCACUUUUUUUUUUCUUCCAUCUUCUCGUACCACGGCAUUCCUACUGGGGUUCUGAACCAAAGUUUCUGAAUUUACAAAAAAAAAAGUAAGUGCGCGCUCCGGAUAAAAUUACGUCACAAUAACACUGAAUAUUCAAAGUUAAUAACUCGUUUGUUCAAUCGUCUUUGGCUGCGUUCUUGAGAUUCGAAAUUCCACGCCAAAAUCUUUUUGACGUCUCCUCACCCCGUUUGGGAACGCCGUGGUACAUUAGUAACGCCAAACGGGUGCUCCGGACGUUUAUGAGUAAUUCUAGAGGACACUUAAGAAUGUUCACGCUACAAAAGGGGUCACUAGAAAUGCCCCGACACGUCCGUUUUGCGUUACCAGUGUCCGAGUCUUUCUUUUCGUGAGAUUCAAAAUAGCUAUCAGACAGUGAGAAGCGAUUUCAACCAUUGAAAAUUUACUGUUCAUCCUUUGCAACACAGAACAAAAAAAAACCCUCAGCUGCUUUUAAGAGCAUCGGGUUGGUACCUGGUAUUGUUAGCCGGCCUCGCAGUCGACCUCCGUCCGCCAUGGAUCGAGUUUGAAAAAGUCGUCGUGACGAUUUGUUGUCAGCGCGAUCGUCUGUAGUUUCAAAGAUGAAAUACUUUCGAAUGCGGAAAAAGAGUAUAUAUAUACAAAAAUUGAAUUAAAAAGAGCUGCUCGUAAAGAAACAUCAUUUUUUUUCCGCAACCAGAGUGUCUGCGCCCUUGAAUCAUCGCGAUCGUCAUCGUGAUUCAAAUUUGAACACACUAAAUUAAAACAACUACAUUUUUUUUAAAUUUUUAUAUAUCUUUAUAGGCGAGAGGACCCUUUGCGGGCCCUUUGAGCGUCCGUUAUAAAUCCAAAAGCUUCCAUUAAUUGUUCCUAAAAGGGUAGCAACGGUAUCCUUUUUGCUGCCUUUUUUCCGUCCUUUCAUCGGCCUUCAUCCACCCUUUUUGGACCUUUUUAGGGAAACACAAAAAUAUUUAAAUUGAGAAUAAUCUAUACCAGUGACUGUGUAUAAACACAAAUGUGCUACAGUAACAAAAUCAAAAGUCAUCAAUGAACGAGACUUUCAGCACCCUUUUUACACCCUCUGUUGAAGCUUUUUAGCCCACCAAAACCCUUCAUUGAGGCUUCCAUUUUUUCUAGAAAUCUAAAGGUUCAAGAAAUGGUGAAAAAAGGGAGAGGCAGCAAAAAGUAGCCUUUGUCACCCUAAAAGGAACAUUUCUAUGGAUCCUUUUUCCACCCUUUCCGUCUUUGCCUAUGAUAUCGGAUCAAGGUUUUUCUGGCUUCAAUUCAGUGUUAAUAUGGUCAAACCUUCUUUUCUCUUAUUAUAAAACUUUUCGAAUUAAAAGCCUUCAAAACCUCACAUCAAUUGUUCCAGUAGUAGUCGAUAGUUCAUUUCUCCAAGACGCGUUUUUGUUUUCAUUCUCCAGAAGUUCUUUCUGAAGGAAAAGUAAUUAAAAAGGAUUUGUUCAGAUACCAAACUGCACUGCUUGAAGUUGUUUUCGAAUUUCCAUAGACUGAAAAGAGCGAGUUCUUUGAAAGCUUCCUGCAACAGUUUCAACAUUGGAAAAAUCAAGUCAAUUGUAUUAUUUGAAUCAAAAUGAUCCGACUGAUUAACUAUGUAAAGUCAUAAGUAUGUUAGGGAAGCUUUAUGAAGUUAGAAGAACUAACUAGGCGGUGCGCUAGAGCUCCGCUCGGCCUUGUCAUAACUAAUCCUAGACGCCGAAGGCCGUGACGGCAUUUUCCGCGGGGGUCCCAUCAUCGCUUUGUCAGUAUCGCGCUGCCAACAGUUUAUGCUUCCGCCACAGGAAUGGGCUUCAGCGUGACUUUGCGUAUCCAAUUCGCAAGCGAAAAGGAUCGGCACUCCGGGAGUCCCGCGGGCCUAAUCUACUAGCGCUUACAACUCAGAAACUUAUUUUGGGAAUUAGAAGUUUUUUGGAGGCUAAAAACUUAUCUUGACGUUGAAGAAGCGAGACGAGUCGUGAAGGAAGCAGAAAUGAUGAUUGAAUCCAGGUCCAAAAAGUAGAAAGGACACGUUGCCACGUGGUUUUUCGUACGUGUUAAUUUUUUCGAUAACAGGAAAAUGACUCCUUGGGAUGAAGUUCACGUUUUAUUUUUUGCAGAGAAUAACAUUUUUAUUUUGAAAAAAUUCUGGGCCAUAUGACGUGAGAGGUAGAGCUAGUGGAGACACUAAAAACUUUAUAAAGUUAAAAGUUUUUAUUUCGUGGAAUCUCUAGUUUUUUUCUGCGCUUUUCAUUUUUUUUUUGUCCUCUUGUAGAAACAUAUUUCGCGUAACUUAGAGCCAAAUGGAAUUUGCUGAUGCAGUUUGAAGUUUUUAUGAUAUAACUAAUCUGAUUCACAUUAUUUUUCUAGAUUUUUGAUGUUUUUUUCAAACUUAAUUGAAAAGUCCGCCAUAUAAGUGUUUUUUUUCUCUAAAUUUCUGCUUUCUAUCUAUUAAUUCUUUCAUAUUUAUGAUUGGGAGAAAAUUAAUCAAAUAGGCGUGAAAAAGAGCGCCCCAAUGAUGAAUCUCUCGUCAAUUUACGUGGAAAGAGCUGUACAAAUACUGGAGGCUGCGAAAUUUUCACUAAUUUAAUGCCGUGUUCAAAGUAAUUUCCGCGAAAUGCAAAAUGAUCCCUGACUCUCCAAAAUUUAGUGAUCUUUUCCUUUCUCUAACGGGUAUUUUGCAUUUCGCGGAAUUAAAUUGAACACGGCAUAAGGAUCAAUAACCUAAAAAGGCCCUCCUUCUCGAAAAUUAAAAAAGCGAAUCAAAAGAAGUUUUUUUUAAAACUUGUUUGGAAUAUUUUGAAACCUUUUGUUUUUAUUUUCAAGUUCUUCGAAAGUUCUUUAGAGUUUCGCCCACGAAUUUUGGGAAUUUUUCAGUUUGAAAAUCUUUAAAGCUUUUAAACAAGGCCUUCAUUCUAAUUUUCAUUAUUUCUGAAUUUAUCGCAUUAUCGAGGGGUUUUUUUCAGGACUUUUCCGCCUUUCGUGCAAGAUUCAGGUUGUCUGGUUCCCCUUUGAUGUCCAGGAAUGCUUCAUGAAGGUUUGUUUUCGAGUAAAACUACAUUCUCAAGUCUUUAUCUCUAUUUUUAGCCAAAAAUAGCUACGUUUUUAUUUUAAAAUGAUUAUGAACUCAAAUUUAAAAAUAAACCCAUAAAAAGGUACAUUGUUUUUUGUAGUUUGGUUCAUGGACCUUUGACGGCUCCAAAUUGAACCUGGAAAUCGAUGAGAAUGGCUUCGACGUCUCCAACUACAUGCAGAAUGGAGAGUGGACACUGGAAGGUGAAUCCUGGGGGGUUUUAAAGGAGCAUAGGCGAAUUUAUGAAAGGUCUUGAAAGGAAGAUCCAUUCUUACUAAGUUUCCACGUAUAGCCAUUUGCAAAAUCUAAAUUUCAAACAAAAGUUGGUUUAUUUUUGAAGGAACCUCAGUGAAAACAAACUUCCUGUACUACCAAGGAGCCUAGCCAGACUCGAAAAAGAUCUUGAGGGAAAGAUGCGAUUUUAAGGCUUUUAAAGGAGCAUAGGCAAACUUAUAAAAGGUCUUGAGAGGAAGAGCUUUUCUUACUUAAUUUCCACGCAGAGCCAUUAUUAGCAAAAUCUGAAUUUCAAUCAAAAAUUGGCUUGUUUUUGGAACCUGUAAAAAUGAACAUCCUGUACUAUCAAGGAACAUAGCCAGACUUGAGGGGAAGAUUCAUUUUUAGGGUUUUUAAAGGAGCAUAGGCAAGCUUAUUAAAGGUCUUGAGAAGGAGAGCCAUUUUUACGUGAAGCAAAAAGAAAAUUACUAAUUGACUUAUUUUUGAAGGAACCUCAGUGAAAAGGAACAUCCAGUACUACCAAUGCUGUCCAGAACCGUACUACGACCUCGUCUUCACCUUUAUAAUCCGUCGGAGAGUUUUGUACUACGGUAAGCUAAAAACUACAAAAAAAUUUAUAUAAAAUACUCAGCUUUCAACUUGAUUCUACCUUGUAUGUUGAUCACGAUGCUAACUUUGGUCGGCUUUACACUUCCACCAGACGCCGGCGAGAAAAUGUCGCUACGUGAGUGAAUCUACCAUUUUUGAAGUGUUUUCGAAUUUUUAGAAAUUACGAUCAUGCUCUCAAUUUGUAUAUUUCAAAAUUAUGUGACCGAACUAUCACCACCGACUUCGGAAGCCGUUCCUUUUCUCAGUGAGUUUGAAAAGUUGAAAAUCUCCUGCACCAUUUUUGCUGCCAUUUUCCAUUAUUUUUUGACCCUUUGAAAACCAAAAAAAAAAAUGUAGGGUCUGAUAAAAGGCCUCUUUUUGCUGCCUUUCUGCGGCCUUUUCUGAGCCCCUCUCUUUUAGCGGCCAUUAUCCAUCAUUUCGACUUUGCCCGAGAUCUCAAGAUUAUAAAUACCGCAGCGCAACCGCGACGCGUUAAAUCGAAAAGGGAGAAAGAGUCAUUUUUGUCAUUCUUAUGCGAUGUUUCCCACAAAAAAAACCGUUCCUUGGAACCUGUGUGAACCGCGACGCGUAGAACCAUUCCAAAUGCCGCCAUAUAUUUUCAAGCUUAAAACGAAUUUUUCAUUCUAGGUGCCUUUUUCGCCGUUUGCAUGUUCACAUGCGCGUGUUGCGUUACGGCGACGACCCUCGCCCUGAACUUCCAUCACCGCAACGGAAAAUCGCACCACAUGAGCAAUACCGUAAGACUUUAUUCCAAUUUCGUGAGCCUUGAAGGCUUAUUCUGCUUAACUAAGGGGGGUUUCUUACAAUUUCAAAGCUAGAUUCGAUCCGACGCUUUUUAAGUAUUAAAACGGUCCUAAAACUAAAAAAGGGUGAUUGAUAAAACUUUCCAGUUCCGACUGGUGAUGCUGGAAUGGUUGCCCUGGCUUCUAUUAAUGAAGCGCCCUGGAUUUAUCGCGCGCGGCGGUUCGAUGAGAAGAGAUGAAGAUUCUGAGGAGGAAGCCGAGGAGUCAGAAAAUCGGACCGAACAGCAGAGGAUCGCCGAAAUUCUGGCUCAUAUCAGUGUCGAGACGCCGCGACCAACACCUAGGUUUCUAUCGUUUUCCUCUGUAAUAGAACCUUUUUCGAUAAAUAUCGUGAAAAUGUGUCGUUUAUUAGGAAAAGAGAGUCUAAUCUUCGAAAGUUAGAGAGCGUUUGAAAAUGAGAGGGCGAGCGUUUUUUUUUCUUCUAUCACCUGGUGAGUGCCCUCAGGUUUACCAGUGAUCACUAGCUUUCGAAGAUCCGAACGUAGAAUCCGAACAGAAAGUGAAAAAAAGGUACAGCGAUAGAAAAAUCAAGAUUUUUUGUCCAAUAAAAAUAUUUCGAAACGAUUCAUUCUGUAUUGGAAGGAAGGCAGGUCAGGCGUCAAUAAUCUUUUCCACAGUUAUUACUUCCAAACUUUUCCCCCGAAAACCUUGAGAACUUCAAGAAUGGAGCGAAGGGUGACGAUAGUCGACGAAGCUCAUGACGGUCCAACUCGAACGACGUCGCCAGGUCAUCUUUGGUGGAACGCUCCUUCCAGACCCAACGCCAUCGUUUCCAACAAGGUUUCAUCAAAACUCCUCGAUAAUUCUGCUCACAUCUGUAAACACGUUGAGAAAAUGAUUAAUCCCACAAAAAAGGUUUCAAACUGAAACAAUACGAAAAAAGGGAAGAUUGAACCAAAAAAUGAUUUUUUUUUUCAUUUGUCAACCAUAAAAAAAUUAUUAACUCCUUCCAAAAAACUUCGAAAAAAAAAAGCAGCGGUUUUAGAAAGUUCAUCAUCUACGUAUCUCACUUAUCCCUGUUUUAACGAAUCGCAAAAAAAAGAAACCAACUUUCAGGUCCCCGUUGGUCACAUCGCUCAGCUACUCGUUCUCCAGCAAAUUCACUCCCAUUUAUUGGUUUUUUUUAAAAUUUCUCCUUCUUUUAUUUUCUCUUUUCAUAUGACUCAAUGAGUCGCGUUUAAAAGGUCAUUUUUCGAAUAAAAAUGCAAAAAAAAAGGUUUCAAACUUAGGAAUUUCAGAGCGCUCCCUAUGGAGGUUAGGGGUCGAAAAGGCCCUUAUAGGGGUAAAUUUAAGGCUGUCCCUAUAGAGUUUAGGUUCUAACCUCUUAAUUUCUAAAGCUUUAGUGACCCUUAUAGGGUCUCUCAAUUUCAUUCAAAAACUCUUCUUCAGUUUUUCCCAUGGAAAUGCUUCUUCGCGUAUAGUUCAUAACAAUAAUCGACUAGCAGGUCCCCUAUAAGGACCACUAAUUUGAACCCCUAUGGGAACAAGUUCUGCAAGCUUUAGUGGCCUUCAUAGGGGUCAGUGAAGAGGUCCCUAGAGAGUACCUUUCAAGGGGUCCCUAUAGGGAUCCCUCUGGAGUUCCUAAGAACCCUUUUUUCAAGUUUUUUCGUGUUCUCUAUGACCAUCUCUAAGAUUUUUUUUUUAAAUCCCGAAUUGUUUUCAAGUUUUCAUUUUCAACUGGCUUUUCCUCUUCUUCUGUGGUCGGAACUAAGAUUUUUAAAACGCCACGCGCCCGCGACGCUUUGAACCAUUCCACUUGCGGCCGCCAAUUUUUGAAAAUUUUUUCUCUUCCAGGACAUCAACAAAAGCAUUGGAGAAAAAGAGAGAGCGAAAAAAAUCGAAGAUGAUUGGAAAUACUCGGCAAUGGUGAGGUCAACCAGAAAUCCAACCAAAACUAGUUUCAUUUUCCAGGUGGUCGACCGGAUUUGCCUCUUAAUUUUCACCAUCUUCCUAUUCGGAUCAACCGUCGCCCUAUUCUCCUCAGUUCCAAACUUGAAACGCUCUUUUUAA